CCAGACGGCGAGCAGCUGCCGCCCUCGCCUUCGUCGGGUGCAGGCCCUGCAUCUUCCUAUCAACGCUUCCGAUUGCAAGCACCAGAAGUUCACAACGGUUGCCAUUCCCUUACUCUCUCAACCAGGUUUGGCUCCUACCAUUCUCAUCCGCCAUUCUGCCUUGCCGUUGGCGGUGCCGUUUUCAGUUUUCGUGUACUUUUCAGGUUCUUUACCAAUUCAUGGUCGGUUCCAUUCAUUGCAAUCUGUACCUCCGAAACUGUAUUUUUGAGCUCUGCGGUAUGGUCAGAAAAUUUGGAGUUUCUAUUGUUUCUUUUCCUUCCCCGAACUCUAUCAAUGAGAUACCUAAUUCGAUUUGGCCGGCUCAAGAUACGCUUUGCCUGUUGAAUCUUGGUUGACUGAACAAGCGAAGCACUUUUGGUUGAUAUCUAAGGUUGAAGUAGCCAAUCAUUGCUCAUUUUUUGCAAAUUACCGAUAUCUGAAGUGUUGGAAUUUCUGGUUUGUUCUUCCCCUGCUGUAAAUCUCUCGUUUCUUUUCCGCGUGAAACCCUUGCGAGCUAGUCUUGAUUAGUAUGUUGUGUGAAUUGCAGUUUCAUUACUCCUGCAGUGCAUAGUUGUAUUUUCGUGACCAGGGAAAGAUCUGGAUGAAAACAUCUUUGAUUGGGUACGAAAGCCAGAGUACUAAGACGUGGGAAAGCAAAAGGUUCUGGUGAAGUUGCUAAUGCACCUGGAAGAGGGUUGAGACAAUUCAUUUUCUGGUUUUGAUUCAUAGGGAGCUUGUAUUUUGUCAGCCAUGUCCAAGGAAAAUGAUGCAUGCAUCACGACUUACAUCGUAGAGACUCAAUCCACUAUCAAACGGGAAUGCUCCCAGUUAAAAAAGAAGAGGAAAAAGAAGCAGCUAAAGAGGUCAUGGGAUGCAAGUGGUGAUUCCCUGCCUAAUGAUUUUCUGCCAGAAAAUGCUUGUGGUAGAAAGGGAAGUUGUAUCAAUGAGGCAGGAGUCGAUGCUAAUUCAAAUGAAAGUUUUGAAAGGACAAAUGAUAUACAAUCAGUUACCUUACUGGAGGAAAUGAAGAAACCGAAGAAGCACAAGAAAGGUUUGAAUAAUUUGCAGCCUGCUAUAUUUCAUAAAUCACAAGAGGAAGGACAGCUUGAAAAGGCAGGGAACGUUAGCAGUGAUUCUCUGGCUGACAUUUCUGCAAUAGAGAAUGGUUCUGCUGAAUCAGUUGUUUAUGUCAAUCCAGUUGAAGUUGGAGCUCAAUCAAAUAUAGAUUCAAUUACCACUGGUGAACUGAUUACCUUAUCGGAAGUAGUAAAGCGACGAAAGAAGAAGAAGAAGAAAGAUUUGAACAGUCCCAGGCCUGCCAAAUUGGUUACCUCAAAAGACGAGAAACAGGUUGAGAUGAUACAGAAAUUUAGUAGUGAUUCUCAGGCUGGUAUUUCUUCAACAGAGAAUAAUGUCGAUGGAACCGUUAGUCAUGUUAAUGAGGAUAACAUUGAUGCUAAAUCAGAGAAAGACUUGAUGACUACACAGGCUACAGAACCAGCUAAUUUCCAGGAGGGAGGAAAGAAAAAGAAGAAGCGGAAGAAAGGUGUGAACAGUUCCCAACCUGCCGAGUUACUUUCACAAAACAGUGGAUGCCAUGAGAAUGCACAUAAAAUUGGCAUUGAUCAGGAUAUCAUUUCAGCAACAGAGAAUGCAACCAAUGAAAAAGAUAGUUAUGUUGAUGAGGUCCAAGUGGAUAAUAACUCAAGAAAUGGCUUGAGCAAUCUAGAGGCUGAAGAACUCGGUACCUGUCAGGAGGGAGAAAAGAAAAAGAAGCGGAAGAAAGCUCGGGAUAGUUCACAGCCAACAAAAUUGAUUUCAUCACAAGUGGAGGGACAGUUGGAAAAGAUAGAGAAUUCUAGCAGCUACUCUCAGCUUGAAAUUUCUGGAACAAAGAAUACUAUCCGUGAAGCAGGUAAGCAUGUCGAUGAUGCUGAAGUUGAUGCUACACCAAAGAUAGAUUUGAGUGCUACACAUGCUACAGAGUCAGCUACCUUACACAAGGAAGGAAAGGGAAAAAAGAAAAGGGGAGAUUCAAGUAAUCCCCAUUCCUCAGAACUAAUUGCAUCACAAGAGGAAGGGGCAUUUGAGAGUAUGCAGAAUGUUGGUAGUGAUCCCCAGGCAGAUCUUUCUGAAACAAAGAAUAUCUCUAUCAGUAAAAAUAGUUGCAUUCAUGAUACUGGAAUUGAUGCCAACCCUACAGAAGAUCUGAAUAGAUCUCAGUCGAUCAUGUUAGUUGAAUUGCAGGAGGGAGGAAAGAAACGGAAGAAGAAGCAAGAAAAACAUUUGAACUGUUCACAUCCGAUGCAAUUGCCUACUUCAGAUGAAGAAGGAAAGACAAAGAAGAAGCGGAAGAAAGAUUCAAGUAGUUCGGGUCCCAGAGAGAUGCAUGAAUCACACGAAGAAAGAGUUGCUGCGAAAAUGAUUUGUUUGAAGAAUGAUACAUGUCUGGAUAAUUGUCUUAAGGAGAACAUUCCAGAAGUACGCAAAGUGAAAAAGAAGCAGAAGCUGAUGGCCAAGGAUGGGAUCAUUACUGCUGAGGGUAAAGAAGGUGGUCAUGCAGAUGAUGCUAUUAACACUUCGGUAGAGGCGAAGGACAAUAUUGGGGUCAUACAAGCAGGAAUUGGUUCUCUAAUACAUGCAACUGAUGUGCUAACAGAUAAGGAUGACUUUGGCGAACCUGGUUCUCUUUCUGUUGAACUUACGCAUGCCAAUGAGAUUCUAAACAAAGACGAAGUAAGACUAAGUAGUAUGAAAUCAAUAAAGUAUGGUGGACCUACAGAGCCUGGUACCGAACGCAUUACUGGGGAUGAAAAACCACAAAGGGGCCAUUCAGAUGAAAAACAUCCCAACAAACACAUGGAGGAUGUGCUGAUUGGAGAACAAGCUCGAGAACAUUCUCCUUUGAUCAAGCCUGACAUCUUGACAGGCAGUGCCUCAUUUAACUGUUCAAAAGAGGUUGCCAUUUGUGAAGAACUUGAGAGGACAUCUGAAAGAGGGAAUGAAGUAACGGGGCAAAGUUCAGAGAAUUGCUCAAAUUGCAAUAACUCAGGAGAGCAUUCUACAUCAGUGAAGGGAUUGGAAAUGACCAUAGGGAAGAAGGCCGAAUCUAAUUUUUCUGACAUUGAUAUCUCACUAGAGGAAAGCAAGAUGCCAACAAAAAUUAUGAAUGAAGUCAAUGUGGAUGUUCCUACUGAAAGGGGCAGCAUUCCACGAGCACCAAAGAUUCCAAUGAAAGGACCUCCUAAUGCAGGUGCUGCCAAAAAGCUCCUUAUCCUUGAUGUGAAUGGGCUUUUAGCAGAUAUCAUUCCUCACUCGCAGCGCCCAACAUCACGUAAGCCUGACUUUCACCUCAGGCAAAAAUCAGUUUACCGAAGGCCGUACUGCGUAGAUUUUCUCAACUUCUGCUUCAAGUAUUUUGAAGUUGGUGUUUGGUCAUCUAGAAAGAGGGUUAACUUGGAUGAAGUUGUUAAGUUUCUCUUUGGAAGUUCUAAACGUGAUUUGCUCUUCUGUUGGGACCGAUCAUUCUGCACCAUCGUAGGCGUGGCCACCAUCGACAAUCCAGAAAAACCCCUAGUUUUAAAAGAGUUGCAGAGACUCUGGGGGGAUUGGAAGAAAUGUCCUUGGAGAAGGGGUUACUUUGAUGCAUCAAAUACAUUAUUGUUGGACGAUUCACCAUACAAGGCUUUACGCAACCCGGUGCACACUGCUAUAUUUCCCCAUUCAUAUAAGUGUACUGAUGAUGAAGAUUCUGCAUUAGGGCCAGAAGGUGACAUUCGUAGAUAUCUGGAGCGGUUGAUUGAAGCGCCCCACGUUCAGGAGUUUGUAUCACAAAAUCCAUUUGGUCAAAACCCAAUCAGAGCAUCUGACCCUUCUUGGCCCUUCUAUCGCAAGAUCAUAAUAGGUGGUAACUAACAGGCAUUGGAGCUGCUAGCUUCCCUGUGCAUCAUUUUUGUGCCAGAUUUUUGGGGGUGCGAAUUGUUGUGUCAUGUACUAUUAAGUUUAUUAAAUGUUUUCAGUUUCAUUCAUUUCUUUGGUAGUUAGUUAACAUAGAGGGAGAUGGAUAUCAUAUAUCUACUAGUUUUGUACGGACACGUUGCCUGGGUGAAUUUCCUUUUUUAUUAUUUUAUAUUUUUAGUUUAUUUUCUUAAGUUUAUAUCUGCUUAGAUAUUCUAAAUUGUUAUGUAUUGUUGGAUAUUUUUCACAAAAUAGUUAUGGUUUCUCGUGUAUUAUAAUAACUUUUCGGUACAAUUUACCAUUUCAAUAUAAUCUUUGGUAUUAUCCAUUGUUAUCAAGCCCGAGGUAGUCGGCCGGACUGGUAAAACCGCCACCUGGCUAUCAAAAUGGCUCGACACAGCUAUUUAGCCGGAACGGGAUUUCGGGGCGAUAGGCGAGCGGCCAAGUCAGUUAACCACUCGCGCAGUUUGAGUCGAACACCUGGCUUUCCAUUUAGGCCGGUUGUUUUUUUAGUAAUAUAUAUAUAUAUAUAUAUAUAUAUAUAUAUAUAUGAACUUAAAGGAAAGUGGAAAUUGCCAAGCUGUCAAACAACCCUAAUUUUUGAAUUCAUUCUCUUCGCCUCUCGUGCAAACUAAACGGACAGAAGGAGCGCAGCUUCCGUCGCUAGCACCCAUCGCCAGUCCCCGUCGCUCAGUCCCCAUCGAUAGAACCAAGAGGUGACCUCGAACUCUUCGUCCCCCAUCAAUUUUGUUGAUUUGGAAGCACUGCUCAUCGAAUUGGCGGGCUCUCUUGUCGGCGAACCAAGUGACGACGAGCACCCAUCAAUCUGUUCGUCCUCUCUCCCCUGUGACGACGACGACCCAGCUAUGAGAUGACCCAACUCUUCGUAAUCCUACUGCUGCCUCUCCUUCCAGUCGGUGCCGACCUGUCUGCCCUGCCCCUUUUCGUUCAAGUUGCACGAAAUAGAGCAUUGAAAUGAAUGAGAAGGAAAUCUCAGAGAGGGGGGGACGAGGGGCGCCGCUAGGUUUGGGGAUUCUUUUGUUAUUCAAUAUAUACUAGCUUUUACCCAACAUAUUGGUCGGAUGAAUUUUAUUUUAUUUUGUAUUAUUUAUGUGUAUUAAUUUAUUUAUAUUUUAUUUAAGGAUCAUUUAUAUAGAUUAUACGUGAUUUGAAAGUAAUACUUGUGGUACUCAUUAUUGAUUCAAUCGUAUUUUUGUUGAUAUGCUCAUCCUAACUUAAUGUUUUAUAUUUUUUUUCAUAUCUUAGUAUAAAUUUUUACCUUUCUU